CCGGCAAAACAAUUUUUUUAUCAUUUAAAGAUUGCAUCAUAUUAACCAUCAUCAUCAUCAUCAUCAUCACGUGUAAAUCAUCACUGGCUUAUAUAGACCAAUGUCAUUGUUAUUAUCGUCGUUAUUUUGUUUUUUGUUGUUUUUGAAGAUUUAUUCCCCUGUUGUUGUUAUUUUGGAAUUUUUCUAAAUUUUUAUUUUUCAAAUCAAAAUCAUAGCAUAAUGCUCAUACAUAAUCUAUAUGGAUUACCAUUCAGAAUGAAUUAUUCAACGAUGGUUCACCGUUCAUCAUCGAUGCGAAUGAUGAAAAUAUUUCAUUCAAAUCAAAUAUCCCAUUAUAAUCAUACAACAUAUAGAUUUUAUCGUCAACAAUUUCUAAAUCCACAUCAUACGGUACCAUAUGAUAAUGAUGAUGAUAGUCGUCGUCGUCGAGAAAAAUCACAAAUCAAAUUAAAUCAAUUAAUGAUAAUCAAUAAUCGCCAUUUGCAUACAUGUCGUCCAUUACAAGAUUCAUUGAAAGAUUCAUCAAAAGUUGAACAAACAGUAAAAGCAUUACGUGAAACAAAAACAAAAACAAUACAACCAUUAGAACCAAAACGUAGCCUAGGUAAACGUAUUUGGGAUGAAAUUGUUCAUUAUUAUCAUGGUUUUCGUUUAUUAAUUGUUGAUAUUGGUAUUGCAUCAAGAUUAAUAUGGAAAAUAUUGAAUGGUAAUAGCUUGUCCAGGCGUGAAUAUCGUCAAUUAGUUCGUACAUCAUCGGAUGUAUUUCGUUUAGUACCAUUUUCUGUAUUUAUAAUUGUACCAUUUAUGGAAAUAUUAUUACCAGUUUUUUUAAAAUUUUUUCCAAAUAUGCUUCCAUCAACAUUUCAAACAGCUUCAUCACGGGAAGCAAAAAUCAAACAAGAACUUAAACUUAAAUUAGAUAUGGCUAGAUUUUUGCAAACAACAUUAGAUGAAAUGACAUUACAGGCACGUGGUGAAUCACAUUCAAAUCGUGCAAAAGAAUUUAAACAAUUUUUUGAUAAUAUAAGAAAAUCCGGUGAACAAGCAUCAAAUGAAGAUAUAUUAAAAUUUUCCAAACUAUUUGAAGAUGAAAUAACAUUGGAUUCAUUAUCAAGGCCACAAUUGGUUGCAUUAUGUCGUUUAUUAGAACUGCAACCAAUUGGUACGGAAAAUUUUUUACGUUUUCAACUACGUAUGCGUUUACGUACAUUAAAAGCUGAUGAUCAAAUGAUUGCACGUGAAGGAAUUGAUAGUUUAACGGUAUCGGAAUUACAACAAGCAUGUCGUUCAAGAGGUAUGCGUGCACUUGGUAUUUCUGAAGAUAGAUUACGUUUUCAAUUAAGUCAAUGGUUGGAAUUAAGUUUGAAUGCAAAAAUACCUAAUUCAUUAUUAUUAUUAUCACGUGUAUUAUAUUUACCGGAAAAUAUUCCUGCUACGGAUCAAUUAAUAGCAACUAUACAAGCAUUACCAGAAGGUGUUGGUACUGAAACUCGUUAUAAAAUUGGUGAAACGGAAGGUAAAAUUGAUAAUCGUACUAAAAUUGAACUAUUGAAACAAGAAGAGGAAGCAAUUAAACGUGAAAAUGAAGAAGAAAGACAAAAGAAACAAGCUACUAUUGAAUUACAACCAAUUGAAAAAGAUGUAAUCAAAGAACAAGUUAUUGAUAAAAUAUUUGAAUCAUCCAGUCCAACUGGUGCUGGUGCUGGUACUGGUACUGGUCCCAGUACUGCUGAAACAAUAAAAGUUGAACCAGUUUUAUCCCGUGAAGAUAUUGAUUCAAUUGAAACGGCAUUAGAAAAUCUGGCAAAAGAGAAAAAAGUUUUAAUGUUAGAAAAAGAAGAAUUGGAUGAAAUUAAAGAAGAAUUAGAUGAUUAUAAAGAAGAUCUAAUAGAAUUUAAAGAUAUUGCCCAGCAAACAGGUGAUACUAGUCGUUUGAAAGAAAGUAAAGCAGCAAGACGUUUACGUAAACGUAUGGAUAAAAUGGUUGGUAAAAUGGAAAAAGUUUUCGAUAGUUUGGCGAUGGAAAAACAAAAACUGGAAACAACCAUUGAUCAACUGGAAAAAGAAGGAAAAGAUAUUGAUCAAGAUUUGAAAAAAGAUGUUGUUAGCAUUAAUGAAUUAUUACAAACAAUACGACCAUUUACGGAUGUAUCGGAUGAUACAAAAUCCAAACGUAUAUUAGAAGUAUUGGAUAAUUUGGAUAUUGAUCAUGAUGGUUUGAUUGAAUUGGAACAUGUUUUUAAGGUCAUUGAAUUGAUUGGUCGUGAAAAUGUACAAUUAACACCAAAGCAAAUAAAAGAGGUGAUUAAAUUAUUGAUACAAGAAGAACAGCUGAAUAUUGAAGAGAAGAAAAAGAAACAAUUGAAAAAUGAUAUGAUUGAAUUACCACCACCACCACCACCAUCAUCAUCAUCAACAUCAACGCAAUCGAUAAAAAAUGAUUUUUUCUGA